UCUCUUCCUACCACUUAUCAAUAUUGCCUUCAUAUAUGUUUUUCUGGCGCUCUCGUGUCACGUGGUUCACAUUCUGUACUGUCAGACGAAGACGCACGGUGAAUUAGACUGUUGGAACUUCCAGGGCCAACCUCCUGCAGCGAACUCAAGAUCAGCUCAUUCUGCAGCCGUGCAAAAUGAAGAUGUUCGCCAUGUCCCACAAGACGGUCUUCGUGGUGGACCACUGUCCCUACAUGGCCGAGUCCAGUCGCCAGCAGGUGGAGUGUGACGUGCUGACGAAGAGUCGAGCUCAGGGGGUGAUUCCUUUGGCCCCGGUGUCCAAGUCCCUGUGGACCUGUGCUGUGGAGUGCUCCAUGGAGUACUGCCGGAUCCUCUACGAUAUUUUUCCAAAGGACAAACUGGUUAAUUACAUUGUGAGCGAUUCAGAGUUCCACAUAUUGAAUAGCUGGAGACAGGAAGAUCAGACCACUCAUGAGCUAAUGUCUGCUCUGGCUGCUGUUGGGCCACCUAACCCACGCGAGGACCCGGAGUGUUGCAGCAUCCUGCACGGGCUGGUGUCUGCGGUCGAGUCGUUAUGCAAGAUCACAGAGUUGCAGCACGAGAGGCGCACCGCUCUCAUGGAUACGGCAGAGAGAGUUGCCAACCGGGGUCGUAUUAUCUGCCUAACCAACGCUAAAAGCGAUACUCAUGUGCGCAUGUUGGAAGACUGCAUCCAGGAGACCAUUUUAGAACAGAACAAGCUGGCGGCAGGUUCAGACAGGCUCAUGGCCAUUCAGCAGUGCGAGCUGGUCUUAGUUCACAUCCACCCGCAGGGUGAAGACACGCUGGUGUCAGACCGACCUAAGAAAGAGAUCUCUCCUCUGCUCACCAGUGAAGUUCACAGUGUUCGUGCCGGGAGGCACCUCGCCACCAAACUCAACAUUCUGGUCCAGCAGCACUUUGACUUGACCUCCACCACCAUAACAAACAUCCCCAUGAAGGAAGAGCAGCACGCCAACACAUCAGCCAAUUAUGACGUUGAGCUCCUUCAUCACAAAGACGCUCACCUGGAGUUCUUCAAAAGUGGGGACUUGCACAUGGCCGGCAGCAGCACCCGCGAAAAUGGACUCAAAGAGACUAUUACACUGAAAUGGUGCACUCCACGGACCAACAGCAUAGAACUGCAUUACUGUACCGGAGCCUAUCGCAUAUCCCCCACAGACGUUAAUAGUCGACCAUCGUCCUGUUUGACAAAUUUUCUACUUAAUGGUCGAUCAGUGCUGCUGGAGCAGCCCAGGAAGUCAGGGUCAAAGAUCAUCAGCCACAUGCUCAGCAGCCAUGGCGGCGAGAUCUUCCUUCACGUGCUCAACAGCAACCGCUCCACCCUGGAGGACCCACCCUCCAUCAGCGAGGGCUGCGGAGGCCGAGUGACAGACUAUAGAAUCACGGACUUUGGCGAAUUCAUGCGGGAGAACCGGCUGGCUCCAGUUUCAGAGUCGUCACACAAUCCCUCGGGAAAGCUGCCGGGUGAGAGGGCCAAGGCGCAGCUGGAGCGUUACACUCGAUACUGGCCAAUGAUCAUCUCCCAGACCACCAUCUUUAACAUGCAGGCAGUGGUUCCUUUAGCCAACCUGAUUGUGAAGGAGACUUUGACUGAGGAUGACGUUCUGACCUGCCAGAAAACUGUUUACAACCUGGUAGACAUGGAGAGGAAGAACGACCCACUUCCUAUCUCAACUGUGGGAUCCAGAGGCAAAGGGCCCAAGAGAGAUGAACAGUAUCGCAUAAUGUGGAACGAGUUGGAAACGUUGGUGAAAACUCACGCUGGCGCCACCGACAAACACCAGCGGGUUCUGGACUGCAUCGUCGCCUGCCGCAGCAAACCUCCCGAGGAGGAGGAGAGGAAGAAGAGAGGGAGGAAAAGAGAGGACAGGGAAGACAGGACAGAGAAGAACGGCAGCAAGGAGUCAGAGGACAAAAGCUGGCAGGAGUCAGAAAGACUGAAGGGUUUGCUGGAUAAAGAAGAACAGGAGGCGGAAGUGAUCAAGGAUUCCCCAGACUCUCCCGAGCCGCCAAAUAAGAAACCGCGCCUGACGACUGAAGAGGUUCAGCCUCCAGAGAGAGCGAAAGGUCCCGUCUCGCUCCUCACCAUGUGGUCCAAUCGUAUCACCGCAGCCAAUUCCAGGAAGCACCAAGAGUUUGUCGGAAGAGUGAGCUCGGUCAACAACAAGUUUGAGCUGUACCAGCACCUGAAAGAUGAGAACGGGAUGGACGUUCAUGAAAAUGGCAAGGCCGCCAGAUGAUGUCUCCAUUGAUACGUAACGCUUCACCCCCCCGCUCCGAGGAUGGAUCAGUGUUUUUUCAAACUUUGGGAGACAGUGAACUCUAACAAGAAAUUUAUAAUUUUUUUACCCAUGAAUUUGUAGAUAUGCCGUUCACAUAUUGUGUAACAAAAAUAAAAGCUGUCAGUGAAGAA